AACACUACAUAAUGUUUUAAUUCCAAAAUAUCUCAGCUAAUUACUUUUAUAAUCGUUAUUUACACAUAAACAUUCUUCUGAUUUCAAUAAAUAUUUUAUAACAAUAAUUAGCCAAAUUAAUCCAGACGUUCUCAAGAUAAGCGUUUAGUAAAACAUUUUGUAAUUAAUUUUUAUUUAUAAGAAGACCACGGUAGUUUUUGUAUUUACGCUAUUCCUGCUUGUCUUAUACUACAUAAUAAUAUGUAUGCUCGCUAUUUAGAAAACUUACGAGAUAUAAAAAGCACUUAAAAAGAAAUACUAUUGUAAACGACCUGAGAUAAUACGUGAACAAAUCUUUUAGCUAUAAUGCAUAAUAAUAUAUAACCAUCUGAGUACAAUUCCAAUAUAUAAACUGUGGUAAAAAAUGUUGAACGUGAAUUAUUUUAUCACAUUUUAUGAUUGUGUAACUGUGUAACUAAACGUCACAAAUAAUAUUUCACAUAAACAGAUAAAUAUUAAAAUGGUUACGUAAAUUAAUAACUAAUAAAACUAUUCCAAAUCAAACUCAUAUUCACUGUCAUUACACGUUAUAUUUCUCAUGCAUUGGUGUGUUUAAUUUGAUACUGGAUAAAACUGUGCUUAAUUAAUUAGUAAAUCAUAUUUUUGUUGGAUUUUUACACUUUGCAAACCUUUUUCUUCAGAGACACGUCUAAAAUACUGGGGUAAUGAAAUGUCUCCAACCUAUCACUAGUAUUAUCACAAUAAUGAGUACAACAUUUAUUGCUGAUUAUCUUCAUAACACCUUACUUCCAGGUACAGGUCUGUUAUAUUGCUUUGUGAUGUUGCUCUUAGGGAUGCGACGUAUUUGGCUGAAUACCUUGAAUAAACAGUGAACAAUUUCUAUAAGCGGGAGUUUCAUGAAAAAAGACACAUCAGAUCUCACCAUGCUCUCUUCAUCUCCUUCCAUCAUCUUAGUGGUAAUGCUCAUUUCGGCCUCCAGCGCCUCACCAAAAUUCUCCAGGAGAUAUCCCAGACAAGAUGCCUCUUAUGAACCCGACGACGGACCUCUCAUAUUCGCAGAUUCCGAAGAGCACUUUGCAGAGUGGCCUGUGGCAACACCUCCAAGUGUUACCCAAAUUCCCCAAAACCAAAUAGACAGACACUUACUUGAUAUCCCCAUCCGUGAGUGUCCCUCAGGAUACAAGAUGACCCGUAGUGGUUAUUGCCGAAGGAACUGGGGUUAAGUACUGGACGUGCAAAUUCUGCUUUGUUUAAGACAGUUAUACUUUAUUUAUUGGAUUUUUUAUGUUUAUUAGAUUUAAGAUGCUUUUAUGCUAACUUAUAUUUAAAAUAUUAAAAGUAUUCACAUAAAAGUAUUA